GCAUUUAAAAAAAUGAGUAUACGUACCUUUAAGGGGGCACGCCUACCUAGAAAUUUUCAAAAAAUCGGUUUCUGGAUUUUGACAUUAUCUUCUAAUGCAACAUCUUGAAAGUAUUCUCAAAAAAUUACCACAAUUAUUUUAUUUUUGUUUUUAUUAUUUCGAGUGAUGAUCGAGUGAUAAUGAAACAACACACAAUAUCAGAACAUCAUUAAUAUCAAGAUCCAGCAAUGAGAGAUUCAUGUAAAGUCUCAAUAUAUAUUCUUAGAAAAUGAAAAUGGAAAGGCCGCUACCUGUGCAAAAUAUUUCCUUAAGAGAAUAAAAUAUAUAUGUCAAUAUCACCUGUCGGAGAUCUGUCGCAUAGCAAUUUCAAUAUGUCGCACUUCGCAAUAUUCUGCAUAGACACUAUAGCCAUUAAAUUUCAUGGACAUAUAGAAAAAAACUUUACUUGGAAAUUCUGAUCGAUACGCGCGACAGAAACUCAUCUCGCUCAUCGACAGGCCUUCAUUUGCGUCACAUUGUAUGCGUUACGAGGCAUGACACGCGAAAUUAAAGGUUUCCGACGUGUGGUAUUUUCACGUGACAUUUUAUUCUCCCGCUGAAACAUCGAUUUGUCGCUUUUUCUGGAGAACGAAACGAGAGAUGUAGUCGACUGUGCGCCAUCGUAGGCGAAAGGUUUUGAGUAUUCUUCUAAAAAAUUAUUAUAACAUAUCAUUACGGAUUAUGAAGUCCGUUUGGAAUUAUUAUUACAGUGUGACGAAGAGAAUGUUGUUAUUGGCUGGUCAAUGGCCUUAUCAGAGAAGAAAGGAGAGAUUGCUUCGAGUGACUUUGAUGACUAUGACUUCGCUUUCUAUGAUAAUUCCACAGAUUGGCAAGUUUAUUCAGUGCGGCAGAGAUGUGCAAUGUAUUUUAACGACUAUACCGUUGUAUCUAUUUCAAAUUCUGUUUAUAGUGAAACUAUAUGCAUGCCAAUUUAACAAUAGCAAAAUUAAAGAUCUCACUGAUCAGGUGUAUAGCGAUUGGGAAAGCUUGGAAAUCCCGGAAGAAUACGAAAUUAUGAAAACUUAUGCUGCAAAAGCGAGACUGUUUUCUUUGAUAUAUAUAUCAUAUUAUGCCAUAGCUGCUCCUCUAUUUAUAUUAAUUGCCAUCACACCGCAAAUAUUAGAUAUCGUUUUACCGCUCAACGAAUCCCGCUCUAUAUUAAUGCCUUAUGAAGCCCAUUAUUUCGUUCACGAUGACAGAAGAUACUUCUAUUACAUUUUAUUUCACGCUUUUGUAGCUGUACUAAUAGUUAUAACGGGUGUACUCGCGCACGACUGUAUGGUCUUGACUUAUAUCGAGCAUGUCUGCAGCAUCUUCGCUGUAGCUGGAUUUCGUUUCGAAAACUUGGCAUAUAAUAAAGAUACAGACUUGAUAAAUGAUAAUCUAAUUAACAUGUACAAUCAAAAGAUAGCUAUCUCUGUGCAUGCACACUGGCAAGCCUUACAUGUGACGAAGAGAAUGCUAUUAUUGGCUGGUCAGUGGCCUUAUCAGAGAAGAAAGGAGAGAUUGCUUCGAGUGACUCUGAUGACUAUGACUUCGCUUUCUAUGAUAAUUCCACAGAUUGGCAAGUUUAUUCAGUGCGGCAGAGAUGUGCAAUGUAUUUUAACGACUAUACCAUCGUAUCUAUUUCAAAUUGUGGUUAUAGUGAAACUAUAUGCAUGCCAAUUUAACAAUAGCAAAAUUAAAGAUCUCACUGAUCAGGUGUAUAGCGAUUGGGAAAGCUUGGAAAUCCCGGAAGAAUACGAAAUUAUGAAAACUUAUGCUGCAAAAGCGAGACUGUUUUCUUUGAUAUAUACGUCAUAUUAUGCCAUAGCUGCUCCUCUAUUUAUAUUAUUGAUUCCCAUCACACCGCAAAUAUUAGAUAUCGUUUUACCGCUCAACGAAUCUCGCUCUAUAUUAAUGCCUUAUGAAGCACAUUAUUUCGUCCACGAUGACAGAGAAUACUUCUAUUACAUUUUAUUUCACGCUCUUGUAGCUGUACUAAUAGUUAUAACGGGUGUACUCGCGCACGACUGUAUGGUCUUGACUUAUAUCGAGCAUGUCUGCAGCAUCUUCGCUGUAGCUGGAUUUCGUUUCGAAAACUUGGCAUAUAAUAAAGAUACAGACUUGAUAAAUGAUAAUCUAAUUAACAUGUACAAUCAAAAGAUAGCUAUCUCUGUGCAUGCACACUGGCAAGCCUUACAAUUCGCAAAACUUCUGAAAGAUACUUUCUCCAUAACUUUCGGCAUACAAAUUGCGAUAGUUACCGUAGCGAUGAGUAUUAGUUUACUGCAAAUGGUAGUACAAGAUGAUACUCUGGAAACGAUGAGGUAUAUGGCAUUUAUCAUUGGUCAAUUGAUUCAUAUAUUUUGCUUCAGUCUGCAAGGCCAAAGAUUGAUAGACCACAGUUUAAAAGUACGCGAUAAGAUAUACAAUUGCUUCUGGUACAAUAUACCCGUGAAAUCGCAAAGAUUGCUUCUAAAUGUGAUGAGAAGGAGCUUGCAACCGAAUAUUUUAACCGCCGGUGGAAUUUAUAUUUUUUCCUUAAAAAGUUUCACUACGGUCCUACAAUCUUCGAUGUCAUAUUUUACCGUACUCGCGUCUUUCCAGUGAUCAAUGAUCAAUAUAUUCAAAUAGUAUUUAUGUACACGCUUGAUAAUAUUAUGUGACAAUAGAUUAUUGCAUUUAAAAUAACUGUGUAUACGUACCUUUAAAUCUCAUUUAAAAGAUUAUCUUGUUAUGCGCACUGUCGAAAAUAUUGCACAUAAUUUUUAGUUUUACAAGUUUUACAAGUGAAGCUAAACAAAUGUUUGCGAAUAAAAAAAUAAAUGCAAAGCUGGCAAAUGGGAAACAACAGUAACAAAGGUAAUAUUUUUCUUGAAACACUGGUAUAAUUAUUAUAUCUUUGAUUUAUCAUCAGGUAAGUUAUUAUCGUGUAUUGACAAAGUUUAGUAAUGGACUAGGUUUUAUUUGCAUCUAGAAGAUAUAUAAUACAUAGUAAUAUCAUUAGAACGCGAGUUCAAGAUGUGGAAACAAAUAAAAUGAAAUCUGAUAAAAAACUCGAAAGAAAAUUAACCAAAAAUAUUCACUAUCAAUAUGGACGAGUAUGUGUGAUAUAUUAAAUCGCGAAACGGUAAUAUUACACUAAUCAGUGAAUUUUCGAUACUAUCGUUAAUGGACUAAAAAUGUCAAAGUUAAUUAGAAUAAAAGAAUAAAUCUUAAGGCGUUUGAUAGCUUACUCGCUUAUAUAAAUACAAUUUUUUUUUUUUUCGUACAGAGCGAAAUUUAUGUCGUGAAAAUAUAUAUGUAUAUAAUUUUCUUCAAAAAUGUUAUGCUAACAAAAAAAAGAGUUAUGUUACAGUAUCAAUGCAUACUACUAUGUAUAUCACUGUUAGGAUAUCCCGUAAGAAUUUUAGAACCGCCAAUACUUUUUAUGAACGAGAAGAAAGGCUGGAUAACAUAGAAUCAACGAUCUCUCUUGGUUGUCUCGUAACGGAUUAAACUCGAAACUGGUAAGUCUUAGGAUUUAAUGGGAUAUGUUACGUGGAUAUAUGCGCACGUGUAUACACAAAAUUACGUGACACGCAAGACGCAAUGUUUCUUAACGCACCCCAACAGCUCGUAUCUUCAUUGCACAUUUAACAAUACAUUAAAUUACGUUGAUCAGGAAAGGAAUUUGUUUGUUUCUACACCAUUCGAUGGAGAUAUAGAUAAAAUAUUAAAAUAAAAUUUUCAUUUUCAGGCUUCAAUCUUCUUCUAUCUUCGGAAAAGGAAAAAAGGCCUUAAAUUAAA